AUGGUUACUAAUAGGCUCAUAAGGGAGGAACUGAACUACGAUAGCAUUUCAGAAAUGCAAUCUUUUGAAUCUUUAUAUGUGGGAUUGAAUGAUGAACAAUUGAAAGUGUUUAACACCAUAAUGGAAGCUUAUUCCACUCAUCAUGGGGGCUUAUUUUUUGUGUAUGGUAGUGGAGGAACUAGAAAGACAUAUUUAUGGAACACUUUAAUUGAAAGUUUUCGAUCCGAUAAGAAGAUCAUUCUUUCUGUUGCAUCAUCAGGUAUUGCGGCUUUGCUUUUACCCGGGGAACAAACUGCCCAUUCCCGUUUCAAGAUUCCACUUGACCCUGAUAACUCAUCAUAUUGUUCAAUAAGUCAAGGGACAGAUUUGGCAAGGUUAAUUCAAGAGGCGUCCUUAAUUAUAUGGAAUGAAGUACCAAUGGUUAGUCGUCAUGCUUUUGAAGCUGUUGAUCGUAUAUUUAGGGACAUAUUGAAAAAUACAAAACAUUGUUCAGAGGAUAGGGUUUUUGGUGGAAAACUAUUUGUGUUUGGUGGUGACUUUAGACAAAUAUUGCCUAUCGUACCUAGAGGUGGGCGUGAACAAACAGUGGAAGCUUCAUUACCUAGGUCAACAAUUUGGGAGCAUUGUCAAGUCUUGCAUCUUACUAGAAAUAUGUGUGUUACAGCACAAGAUAUUUCUAAUCAUAUGCGUCAUGAAUUAUGUGACUUUGCAGCGUGGAUUAAAUUGGUUGGUGAAGGGAAAAUAAUGGGAAGCUUGUUUAAUGAAGGCUAUGAACCUAAUUGGAUAUAG